AUGAGAAAGAGCAAGGCCCCAUCGACCAGAAGAGGAGAGAUCCAGAACCUCUUUAACAAUUAUGCCUCGGGCCAGACCACAUUACCUGCCUCCUCCCUACUCGGGUUCCUCCACAAAGAACAGAUGGAGCUCGAUGCUGAUGAGGCCGCGGCUGAGAGUUUGAUCGAGAAAUAUGAAAUCGAGGAGAAGGCCGUUGAAAGUCAGUGCAUGACAUUUGAAGGCUUCCACCGCUACAUGGAGUCCAAAGACUGCUGCAUUUUUGAGCAGACCCACACAUCUGUCUACCAAGACAUGAACCAGCCGCUAACAAGCUACUUCAUUUCGUCGUCACACAACACUUACCUUAUAGGUGAUCAACUGGUAGGCAAAAGUCACCUGGAUGCCUAUGUUAGUGCUCUGAGGAGAGGUUGCCGCUGUCUGGAGAUAGACUGCUGGGAUGGGCCAGGUAUGGAGCCCAUUGUUUACCAUGGUUACACCCUGACAACAAAGAUCCUCUUCAAGGAUGUAAUCACAACAGUAGAACAGCAUGCCUUCGAGGUGUCUGUUUACCCGGUUAUCCUGUCUCUGGAGAACCAUUGUUCCAAGGAGCAGCAGGAAGUCAUGGCCCACUACCUCACUUCCAUACUGGGGAACAAGCUGCUAGAUGUGCGUUUGGAUCACCAAACCACGGGAGACCUUCCAAGCCCGAACGACCUAAAGUAUAAGAUCCUGAUCAAGAAUAAAAAGCUAAAGCCGCGCACUAGGAUAGAAGGAGCAUCAGGGACAGAGGCAGAAGACAGUGCAGAUGAGGGUGAGGAGGAGGAGGAAGAGGAGGAAGAAGAUGAGGAGGAGGAUCAACAGAGCAGAUCAAAGUUCUGGUCCCCGAGAAAGGCAGGCUCAAAGAAGAAAAAAAAGAGGGUGGUGGUGGCGGAGAAACUGUCCGACCUUGUCAUAUACACCGUGUCUGUCAAGUUCAUCAGCUUUGGUCACUCGAAAGACAGUCAGAACUCCUGUGAGAACACAUCUAUGGCUGAGAAAAAAGCCCGCAAGCUGGCAAAAGUUUCAGGUAAAGACUUUGUUCUACACAACCAGAGGUUCCUAAGUAGGAUUUAUCCAGCGGGCUCCAGGACGUCGUCAUCCAACUACAACCCACAGGAGUUUUGGAAUGUUGGCUCGCAGCUUGUGGCACUCAAUUUCCAGUCCCCAGGAUUGCCUAUGGACCUUAAUGAUGGCCGUUUCCAAGACAACGGAGGCUGCGGCUACGUCUUGAAACCCGCCGUGCUCAUGACCAGCGAAAGGUGCUUCGAUCCCAGCUGCAGUCAGCGCGGCAUUCCACCAACACAUUUGCUGCUCAAGGUGAUUAGUGGGUCCAAUCUACCAUUACCCAAGAGCGGCAAGACUCUGGACCCAUUUGUCAGAGUUGAGAUUCAUGGGAUUGGAUCCGACUGCAACAGAAAAAACACAAGCACAGUCAAAAACAACUCGCUGAAUCCUUUUUGGGAUACCGACAUGAACUUCCGCAUCAGCGUUCCGGACCUGUGCCUGGUCCGUUUCUGUGUCCGAGACCAGACCGGCUUUCUAUCCAGUGAUUUUGUGGGUCAAUACACGCUUCCCUUCAGCAGCUUAAAGAAAGGCUAUCGCUGGGUCCCACUUUGGUCCCGAGACGGAUGCAGCUUGGAUCCAGCGUCUCUUUUCGUCUUUGUCUGGUAUUCCUAA